AGGGCCGCGCAGAUGCAGCGGCCCAGAAUGGCUCCUAGUUAGAUUUAUGAACCUCACAGUGAAGGCCCCUAACAAAAAGACGCAGAAGAACAACAGCUCUCAGAACCACAGCUUAACCAGAGCUCCCUCCCAAGGCAGCUUUUGAGAACUCAGAGACAUAUUCCAGCCCUGGUAUUUGUACUCUGGCCAUUCUCACGCGGAAGGGUCAGCUUCUCCCCAGGCUCCCUCUUACUUCCAUCGGAUCUGGCUUAUCUGGACUCUGUAGUUCUCCAACAAAGAAAUCUUGAAAAGGACUGACCGGUUCUUGCAGUUGGAAACAAUGGCCCAUGGUUCAGUGACAUUCAGAGAUGUGGCCAUAGACUUCUCACAGGAAGAAUGGGAAUUCCUGGACUCAGCUCAGAGGGACUUAUAUAGGGAUGUCAUGUGGGAGAAUUAUAGCAACUUCAUCUCACUAGGACCUUCCAUUUCUAAACCAGAUGUGAUUACCUUAUUGGAUGAAGGGAAGGAGCCCUGGAUGGUUGUAAGGGAAGGGACAAGAAGACAUCACCCUGAUUUGGAGUCCAGAUACAGGACCAAUACUUUAUCUCCAGAAAAGGACAUUUAUGAAAUAUAUUCAUUCCAGUGGGAGAUAAUGGAAAGAAUUAAAACCUAUGGCCUUCAGGACUCCAUUUUUAGAAAUGAUUGGGAACGCAAAAGCAAGAUUGAGGGGCAAAAGGAACCACAAGAGGAAUAUUUUGGGCAAGUGAAAAUUGCUUCUGAAAAAAUGACCACUUACAAAAGGCAUAAUCUUCUUGCUGAGUAUCAGAGAAUUCAUAAUGGAGAAAAGUUAUAUGAAUGUAAGGAAUGUAGGAAGACCUUUAUUCGUCGCUCAACACUUAGUCAACACCUGAGAAUUCAUACUGGUGAAAAACCUUACAAAUGUAAAGAAUGUGGGCAGGCCUUUAGACAGCGUGCACACCUUAUUAGACAUCACAAACUUCAUACUGGUGAGAAACCCUAUGAAUGUAAGGAAUGUGGGAAGGCCUUUACAGUCCUCCAAGAACUUACUCAACAUCAGAGACUUCAUACUGGUGAAAAGCCCUAUGAAUGUAAGGAAUGUGGAAAGGCCUUUAGAGUACAUCAGCAGCUUGCUCGACAUCAGAGAAUUCACACUGGUGAGAAGCCCUAUGAAUGUAAGGCAUGUGGGAAGACUUUUAGGCAGUGUACACACCUUACUCGACAUCAGAGACUUCAUACUUCUGAAAAGCUCUAUGAAUGUAAGGAAUGUGGGAAGGCCUUCGUAUGUGGUCCAGACCUUAGAAUACAUCAGAAAAUUCAUUUUGGGGAGAAACCCUAUGAAUGUAAGGAAUGUGGAAAGGCUUUUAGAAUAUGCCAACAGCUUACUGUCCAUCAGAGUAUUCAUACUGGUGAGAAACCCUAUGAAUGUAAAGAGUGUGGGAAGACUUUUAGAUUAAGGCAACAACUUGUUCGCCAUCAGAGAAUUCAUACUCGUGAGAAACCCUAUGAAUGUAUGGAAUGUUGGAAGACCUUUAGUAGUUACUCACAACUUAUUUCCCAUCAGAGCAUUCAUAUUGGUGAGAGACCUUAUGAAUGUGAAGAAUGUGGGAAGGCCUUUAGACUACUCUCACAACUUACUCAACAUCAGAGUAUUCAUACUGGAGAGAAACCUUAUGAAUGUAAGGAAUGUAGAAAGCCUUUUAGAUUGCUCUCACAACUUACUCAACAUCAGAGUAUUCAUACUGGAGAGAAACCUUAUGAAUGUAAGGAAUGUGGUAAAGCUUUUAGACUUUAUUCUUUUCUUACUCAACACCAGAGAAUUCAUACUGGUGAGAAACCCUACAAAUGUAAGGAAUGUAAGAAGGCCUUUAGACAACAUUCACACCUUACUCAGCAUCAGAAAAUUCAUAAUGGAAUUUAAUACAAGAAGGCUUUCAAAUGUACAUUAUGUUACAGAACAUCAGAAAAUUCAUUUUUGAGAAAAUUUGUUUCAUGCUCAUAACUAAGCAUUAAAAAGUAUAUUUCAGAAAAAAAUGUUGCUUUAAAACCUUCCACCACCAUUCAGACAUUGUUUAUCUUCAGCAAAUUUAUAUGAGGAAAUAAUAUAAUGAAUGCAGGAAAAUCUUUAGCCUUAUCUAUCAUUAUCACCAUUUCACCCCUUUAUUACCAGUGUGUUAUUAGAUAAGGUACUUAAAUUUCUGUGCCUCAUUUUGCUCACUUGAAAAUGGUGAUAGUAGUACCUAUGUAUAUUAGUUAUUUAUUGCUGUGUAAUAAAUUACCACAAACUUAGUAGCUUAAAAUAAUACACAUUAUCUCAGAUUCUGUGGGUCAGGAGUCUAGGCAUAACUUAGUUGGGUCCUCUGCUUCAGGGCCUCUCACAAGGCUAAAAUCAAGAUUUCAACCAUGGCUGAGUCUCAUCGGAAGGCUCAACUGGGGAAGGGAUGUGCUUCCAACCUCAUGUGGUUGUUGACCGAAUUAAUUCACUGAGGGUUGUUGCGCUGAGGUCCUCAGUUUCUAGCUGGCUGUUGGCUAAAGGCUGACUUCAUUUCCUUGCUACAUGGGCCUCUUCAAGGUGGCUGCUUACUUCAUCAGAGUGUGCAAGCCAAGGAAGCAAGAGGCUGCUAGCAUCAAAGAAGCUAUCAUCUUGUGUAAUCUAAUCAUUGAAAUGACAUUAUUUCAUCACCUUUGCUAUCUUCUUUUGGUUAGAAGCAAGGAACUAGGCCACCCUACAGUCAAGGGAACAGGCUUACACAAGAGUAUGAAUACCAGGAGGAAGGGACCACUGGGGCCAAUUCAGAGUCAGCCUGCUACAUCAUGUAAUAGAAUUGUUGUGAGGAGUGAGUAGUUAAUACUUGGAAAAAUAGCAGCCACAUAGCAUGUUUUCUGUAAAUAUUACCUAUAGUUGUUACUAACAUUAGUACUAGUGAAUUCAUAUGAAAGGAAUAUCCUAUAGAAGUAAUAAAUGUAGAAAUGCCUCCUGUCACUGCUCAGCACUUACUAAACUUAAGAUAAUUUAUUCUGGAUAAAAUCUAGGAGGUUAUAUUGAAUGUGAGAAGUUCAUCACUUGAGCUGCCUCCGAAAUUUCAUGCUAAAAAGAAACCUUAUGAAUUUCAUGAAUAUGAGGUUGUUAAGAGUACAACUGUUGGAAGAAUCAAAGAGAAAUAUGAAAUUAUUUUCCCAUAAUAAAUUCCAAAGAGUAAAUGUUUUAUAAUCCCUCAUCUCUGACCACCAUUCAAUUAAUUAGAAAUUAUCAAAAAGGUGGCAUAAAGGAACUAACCACUUGGAAAUUUAAUUGUGUGUGUG